AUAUCUUUUAUUUGAGAUCUAGCUGUCCACGACAAUGUUAUCGCCACUUUUGUAAAAAUUUCGACAAAGAUCUCAUUUUAGUUUUCAAAAUUCCCUCAAAAUUCUAACCUAAGCUCUUUGGCUGGACUUUAAAAAUACUAAACAUGUCCGACAAGAAGGCAUCCUCGUCCCGAGGACGACUUCCUGCGAUGCAGUUCAGCACCGCCAUGGGAACGCCGGAAACCAAGCGCAAGAUGCUCCUCUAUAGACGACUAUUGAGUCGCGAGUUGGCCCGCGAUGGCAAAAAUCCGCAGGAGAUCGCGAGGGCCAGAAACCGAUGCCUUCAGGAGCAGGAUCAGGGCAGGUUUCCAAAAUCCUGAACAUGUGCAUAAAUCCAUGUGCAGCUUACUUUUUGGCAGAAGAGUUUACGUAUAAGCAGUCGGAAACAAAUUGCAUGUUUGCUUCUCCUGUUUAUUUCGGUCCUAUUUGAAUAAGAAUUAAAUUGUAAUUAAAUGGUUUUUAUAAU